UAGAUGUACUUUUAGGAGGUAAGAGUACAAAUAAUUCAAACCCUCUAAGAAAACAAAUAAAAUGGAAUAAUCUGCUAGAAGAAAUUAGAGAAUUUAAGAAGAAAGAUUAUGAGAAUGAAUAUAUCAUUGUUAAUAAGCUUCCAGAUGAUGAUGAAUUGGAAUAUAAACCUCAGAAUGCAUAUUUUGCUGAAGCUAAAGUUUUUAAAAGAAAAAUUAAUGUGAUGAUUAAUACAGGAGCUGUAAGAUGUAUCAUUACCAAAAGUUUCUUAGAUUCUGUACAUAAGAAUAUUGAAGCAUCUACAAAUGUACAAAUAAUUAGCGUUAUAGAAACAAGAAUAGCGCUCUUAGGAAAAAUGUUAAAAGUAGGUAUAAAAAUAGAAAAGUUUGAGAUCAAAGAGGAUAUGAUAGUUACUGAAUCCUCUGGAUACAAUGUUCUACUUAGAAAUGAUUAG